AAGCAUAAUGUUCCUAAUGCCUUCACAUAUUUAAAUUAACAAAUCAAGUUAAAUAAUUGUUCUAUUCUGAAAAAAAUAGAAAUUGUUAUGGGCUUGUUUUUAACACACAUAGUGCAAGGGUUAGCCCUCACAUUUCUUGGCCUAUGGCACAUAAUCAACACAAUCAAAUCUUACGUUGUGAAAGGUCCUUCCAAUUUCACUGUAAGAUUUUGGUACCAAAUUAGCACGUCUCAAUUUAUUUUCAAACACUUGGAACUUAUUUCAAUUUUAUCCUUUUCAAUCAUAGCAAUUCUAAUACAAAUUCUAGAUAUCCCUUAUUUUCACUAUGCUUUUAAGCUUGAUAACUUUGAACAUGCAACUAUGUUCAUACACCUUGCUUUGUUUGCUGGGUUUUCCCUCUCAACCGAGUUAACCGAUUCGCUCGAACUCUUCUCUGGAUUUGUUGGGAUACUUGUAUCCUCAGUUUUCAGUCAAGAGCUUUUCUUGCUCCAUUUUCAUUCCACUGAUCAUGUUGGACUUGAAGGCCAUUACCACUGGCUAUUGCAGCUCAUAGUUAUUGUUUCACUUGUUGCAGCUUUGGCUGCAACCGUUUUUCCCAACAGUUUCAAUGCGGCUAUUGUGCUUUCGGUUUCGGUUAUUUUUCAAGGCUGUUGGUUUAUAAACAUGGGGUUUAUGCUGUGGAUUCCUGCAUUUGUUCCUGAAGGAUGUGUGAUGAAUUUGGGAGGUCAUGAGAGUGGUGGUGAAAUUCAUGGAGCAGUUAGUUGUGGUUCUAAAGAGGCGGAUUUCCGGGCUAGAGGAUUAGCCAAUUUGCAAUUCAGUUGGAUCCUUUCUGCAAUUAUGAUAUUUGCAGGGAUUGUAUGCAUGAAAUUGGCUAAAAAACUUACCAUUGUAGACAGGUUGGAAUAUGAGAGAAUUCAAAGUAAAGUUGUAGACUCCUCUGUGGUCAACGAAGGUUUCAAGCCGACCAAGUAAUCUACUAUAGUUUGUUAAACUAGUCAGGUGUGUAAAGUGUGUGGAUGUUUUAAAUCCCAAGGUACCGAGUUCGAUUCCUACUUAUAAAAAAAAUGGCUAGUGGUUGCACUUUUUAAGUCUUGAAGGUAUGCAACUCGAUAAGAUGUAAUGUAUUUUAUGUUCGCCAAGGUUUAGAUAGAUUUGGUGUUCAAUAAUCUUGAGUUUUAUAACUUGUAAGGAAAUCUUCAACUAAACUAUUAGCUAUACAAUGUUGGUAUAGUUUAGAAAUAUUUGGUGUCUAUUAAGGUACUGUGUGUUUGGUGUCUAUUACGGUACUGUGUCUACUGUGGUAGACUCAUUCAGAAAAUGUAAGAAUCAAGUUAUCUAUGAAUCUUAAUUGCGCAUAA